GCCAAUUGCCCGGUUGUUAUUUCUACAAACUUUCAAAAAAUUUAGGGAUCAAUCAACCUAAAUUCUCUCAGUAUCCAUUUUUUGGUGCGAAAUUUGUUUCGAGGAAAAAGAGAAAAAAAUCAAAUUACAAAAUGAAUAUCUUCAGAUUUGCAGGUGACAUGACUCAUUUGAUCAGCAUCUUAGUGCUGCUCCUCAAAAUCUACGCUACCAAAUCUUGCUCAGGUAUUUCGCUGAAGACGCAGGAGCUAUAUGCGCUAGUAUUUUUGACCCGCUACUUGGAUCUAUUCACGGAUUUUAUAUCUGUGUACAACACCAUCAUGAAGCUGGUCUUUAUUGCCAGCUCUCUCGCCAUUGUUUGGUGUAUGAGAAUGCACCGAGUCGUGAGGCGUUCCUAUGACAAGGACCUCGAUACAUUUCGUCAUUAUUUCCUCAUUUUGGCUAGCCUCAUUUUGGCACUUUUGUUACACGAGAAGUUCACCUUUCAGGAGAUCUUUUGGGCAUUUUCAAUCUACUUGGAAGCUCUUGCCAUUCUUCCUCAGUUAGUUUUGCUACAACGAAGUGGGAAUGUGGAUAAUUUAACUGGGCAAUAUGUCUUCUUUUUAGGGGCUUAUCGUGCUUUCUACAUUCUUAACUGGAUCUAUCGCUAUUUUACAGAGCAACGUUUUAGUCGAUGGAUAGCUUGCGUCUCCGGUAUCGUCCAGACAGCGCUAUAUGCAGAUUUCUUCUACUAUUAUUUCAUCAGUUGGAAAAACAAUGCAAAACUGCAGCUACCAGCUUGAACCGAGCCAAGGCGUUUUUUUUCUUUAGCGAGGCUACUGUUUCAAGGCAUUGAAUGCAGUUCCGUUAUUAAGAAGAGUCCGUGUCUGGUGUUGUUAAUAGUUGGGAUACAUGAACAUUAUUAUAUAGUUCUGAGUUCUGACUUUCUCACCUUGAUUAGACAAGUAGCAGACCACAGUUAUGACAGUUUCAUCAGCUUUUCCCAUUAUUUUUGACGUUGUAAAGAUAUACUCUCGCGUUUUGGGAGAGGGUGAAAAUAUAAAAACGGAGCCAACGUUGACUUUAUUUCGGAGGUGUCAAUGUAAAAUUACGAAGCGUUUUUAGUUCAA